AUGGAUGGAGUGUAUUUGGAUGAGAAAGGGGACCUGGCAGCUGACCUGGACAUUGUCAACUGGGUAAAGUUUCCCAACAGGUCUGUCAUAAGAGUGAAAGUUGGGAGUAUAGAACAACAGGGUUCGUCUGGACGCAAAUGUACCAUUGACCAAGAAGCCAUUAUGUGGCCCAAAUGGCUCAACAAGCCCCUGCCCCAUGCGAGGUGUGUAGAGAGCUGCAGCCCGGGAUUCUACAAAGUGGUUCAGGAAGGAAAGCCCAUUUGCUGCUAUGACUGCGUUCUAUGCCCAGAAGGGACCAUCUCCUCCCAGGAAGAUGCUGACCAUUGCACCAAAUGUCCAGAGGAUCAGCAUCCAAACAAGAACAGAGUUCAAUGUACUCCCAAGAUGAUCACCUUCCUGUCCUAUGAAGAUUCUUUUGGGAUCUCCCUGGCUUCCAUGGCCCUUAUGCUAUCCCUUUUGACGGCCUUUGUGUUAGGAAUCUUCAUUAAAUUCCGAGACACCCCAGUGGUCAAAGCCAACAACCGCAGCCUCUCCUAUAUUCUUCUGGUCGCCCUCCUGCUUUCCUUCUCCUCCUCCUUCCUCUUCAUUGGCCAGCCCAGCAAGGCCACCUGCCUUCUGCAACAAACAGCCUUCAGCAUCAUCUUCUCAGUUGCCGUCUCUUCUCUCCUAGCCAAAACAUUCACUGUGGUCUUGGCUUUCUUGGCCACCAAGCCAGGCAACAGGGCCAGAAAGUGGUUAGGGAAGACGUUGGCCAACUCCAUUGUCAUUUUCUAUUCCAGCAUCCAGGUUGUCCUCUGCUGCAUCUGGUUGGGCACCUCUCCUCCCUUUCCUGACUUGGACAUGCACUCCCAGCCUGGACACAUCAUCCUGCAGUGCAAUGAAGGCUCUGUGACCAUUUUCUACACUGCCCUUGGCUACAUGGGCUUCCUGGCUGCCGUAUGCUUUAUGGUGGCUUUCUUGGCCAGGAAGCUUCCAGGGGCCUUCAAUGAGGCCAAGCUGAUCACUUUCAGCAUGCUGGUCUUCUGCAGUGUCUGGGUGUCCUUCGUGCCCUCCUACCUGAGCACCAAGGGGAAGUACAUGGUGGCUGUGCAGGUCUUCUCCAUCUUGGCCUCCAGUGCUGGCUUACUGGGCUGCAUCUUUCUUCACAAGUGCUACAUCAUUGUCUUGAGGCCUGCUUUGAAUAAGAAGGAACAUCUCGUUAGGAAAAAAAGAGAUGGCAUCGUGACAUAG